AUGCCAGCGAGAUGGGGUCGAGGAUUCGGUCUGCUGGGUUCUGUCUUUGGAAAGGACAGUGCAAUAAAUCAGUCAAACAGUGUUUUUGGACUCGUGUUUUAUAUACUACAAAUGCUACUUGGUAUGACAGCAAGCGCAGUAGCAGCUCUAAUCCUCAUGACCUCCUCCAUAGUGUCUGUAGUAGGGUCAUUGUACUUGGCGUACAUUCUGUACUUCGUGCUGAAGGAAUUUUGCAUUGUCUGCAUCAUCACCUAUUUGCUGAACUUCAUUCUCUUUAUCAUCAACUACAAACGACUAGUUUAUUUGAACGAGGCCUGGAAACGGCAACUCCAGCCCAAACAGGAAUAACGCCUGUUUGAACUUUUGACUGACAGUCUGAAGAUCCAACUUCCAUUAAGUUUAUUUUGCAGUAACUUUUUAUUCUCCAUAUCAGACAAUUUCCCCAAGAAUUAUAACGGAAUUUUUAAUUAUAAAUUUGAAGGGGCCCUAAAUAAUUUUUUGUGCUAAUCUUCAGUUUAAAUGUGGUUAUGAAAGAAAGCUCUAAUACAAUCAAAGACAAGCUUUAACUUUACUUUGAAGGAGUCUCAGCCACCGCAAAACCUAGACUUGCUCUCUUCCCCCUCCACCUGUGAAGUGGGUAACACUUGCUUUCAAAUCUCCUGUAUAUAAAUUCAGGUAUAACAAGAUGUGGUCAUGACAUUAAGUAUUCUAGACUAGCAUUGCCAUAUUUAAUGUUGCCAUGUUUACAGUACGUGUAUUACUUUUUUUUUUUUUUAGCUGGUGGACUUAGAUUGGACGGGGACUUACACUGUAAAUAAAACUAGAUGUACUGGUUUCAUCCCUGGCAAACUCCCCGUACGAUCAGUUUUGUUAGCCUAGGGGCUGUCAGUGUUCAGCUGUCGACUGACACGAUGGAAGAAACGACCUCUGUAGAGAACGCCGCGUUGCUGCCCUCUCUGCUAGUGCUCUCACAAGAAUGAGGGUUUGGGUUUGUUCCAUUUUCCUUUUUUUGGUCUCUAGUAACGGAAAUGGAAUUUAAGCUGAAACCUGAAGUAUGUUC